AUGUCAUAUUACAAUCGAUACAAGAACAGAAAGAGGGGAGGCAAUUAUGAAGGUGGAAAUGAAGCAAGUUCACUUAGUCCCCAUGGGUUACCAUCCUCUGAUGUAAUUUUUGAUCUUGGUAAGAAUAAGAGAGUUACAGUUAGACAAUUUAGAAAUAUAAAUUUGAUCGAUAUUAGAGAAUACUAUAUGGAUCAAUCUACUGGGGAAAUGAAGCCUGGUAAGAAAGGGAUUUCAUUGACGGAGGAUUUAUAUGAUGAAUUAUUAAAACAUAGGUUAAAUAUUGAUGAAGCAUUGAGGAGGUUUGGUUCGAAAAGACCAAGGACCAAGACAGUGAGAAUACAAUCUGAUGGAGAAGAAGACACAGAGAGUCACGAAUUAGAGGGAGACAAUGACGAUGGAAGAACUAAGAAGCAAAAGAUUGCACCUCCAACGCUAUUGCCGCAUGAAGAAAAUGCAGCAAAUGCGAAGAGAGAAGCGAAUGCCACCUUAGUUAUUCCAGGAGCCAGAAAACAGGAAGUUAAAACAGAAUCAGAGCCUGUUGCGGUACAAGAAGAGGAAAUCACACAGAAGGAUAUGGAAUCCAGUGACGAUGAAGAAUCCAAGAGUUUUGAAGAAGAAAUGAACAAAUUGCUGGAUGAGAGUAGUGAAGAAGAGUGA